UUAAGGCAGAGUGUCGCUUGAAAUAACUUCGGCAGAAAUAUCCUUGACAUUCAAUUUAGUAUUAACUCGUUUGGAAACGAAUGGCUCUAAACUGGUACAUAAGCGUGCGUAUUUACAACCUUCCAGGAUACAGCACCAAACACAUGAGGUCUCAAAAAAUCUCAGAAACCAGAGGUAACAAACCACACAAAGAAUCCAAGAACUUCAUACUGAGUAAAAUUGAUCUCAGAUAAAAUAACAUUUGUUUGGAACUGAACCGUUUAGGAUUGAAAGGGUGUAUAUGAGCAAAUAAUUCAUUCGACUGUAUGAAUUGAGUUGUGCACGUCAUGUCGCCUUUAUGUAUUGGGCUUAGUCCUACAAUGCAAUGCUCAACGAGGAAGUAGAAGCAGAAAAUAUUAACACUGUUAAGACCACUUGUCGAUCAUUUUGAAUAAACUGUAUGCUUCUCCUAAAUCCUACAAAGGUAAACAGCCAACAAGUAACUUGUAAAUUUACUGACAGUCGGGAACUUAUUAGGCGAGCUUAUAUUAAAGCAACAUAAUAACAUAAUCCUAAAUGUAAUGGAAAUUACGAAAGCUGUGAAUUUCGGUUGAUGUUAUGGGAUACCAUGAUGUUUGGCGUAUAUAUAACAUUAGCGGUUUUGAUCAUCAACAAAGUGUUGAAUGUGCUGCAUCAAAUACCCAAGUGAUUCCGAUAUCAAUAAAAGCCCAGUCGUCAACUUACUAUGAGUUCAAUGAUAAUGAUGAGAAGAUACAUUAUCGGGCAUCACUAGCUACUGAUGGUGAUGCGACAACAUGUGCUCGUACUAAUGGUCGUGAGGAACCAACAUUCACAUUAUCAUUUGGCAGGGAGUUUUACGUGCAUAGUUUACGAAUCACUGUUGGAGCUCUUCCGUAUACAUAUUUCGGAUGUUUUGGGGACGACUGGGAUAGAGCACUGGAUUGGAACAUUGAUGGCGAGGAUAUUGAUUAUUUGAACGAUGAGUAUUGGAAUCGAGUAUUGGAAGUGAAGAAGUGCUUCACUGCUGUAACGGCCAAUGAUAAAAAAAUAAUUUGUGUCGAAAAUGGUGGAAUUUGUUAUACUUCAAGGGACGGACACGGCACAUAUAACAAAUAUGGCACUUCAGAUAAGUGUACAGGCAGUAGCAGGAAUGGUGAGCAGGCAGUUGGUACAGGAGGACCAUGGGCAAUGGAUGUUUAUGCACUUACGGGUGAUCCACUACGUUACAGUGUUACACGUAACAAGUGCGACGAUGCCAAAAAAGGAGAACUCACUGGAUCUUCAUUUCAAGAAUGCAAAACUGAAUGCGACAAGUCUGGUUACUGUGGUGCAUUUGAGUUUGAACCCGGCAAACAUAAUUGUAAAUACUUUGGAGAUAUAUGUCAAGAGUACGGGCCUGAAUCAAACAGCAUAUACACAUACAGUCUCAUAGGAG